AUGGAAGUUAAAUUUGAUAACAAUAACAGUAAUGUUUGCAGUCGAAGUCCUUUAAGUGAAAUUAAUUUCAAGAAUGUUAACGAUUUGGAUCCUGACUUGAAUUGGACACGAUUGGCAACAGCUGGUGGUGAUAAUGUUGUUCGUUUAUGGCGUGUUCAACUAAAUUGGCUGUGUACGACUUCAACAACGGCGACAAAGCAAACUGAAUCUCAGUCUAAUAAUGGAACAGGAACUAAGAAAGAUUCUGGUGUUGCAGUUCCAACAUCCCAGAAAUCCGGCUUUAAACAACUAGAGCAUUUAGUCUAUUUAACUUCACUAAAACGUCACGAGAAACCAGUAAAUGUUGUUCGUUGGUCACCUUCAGGCGAUUAUCUUGCCUCUGCUGGGGAUGAUUUAUUCAUAGUGAUAUGGUCUAAUCAAACGGUGAGUAACGCAGUCACCUCUUCAGUGGAUCAUGCAUCUAAUUUAAAAGAUGAAGAAGAUGAGGAUGCUUUGAACUCUGAGAUUUGGAUCCCUUGUCGAAGUUUGAGGCGACAUUUAGAGGACAUCUACGAUAUUUGUUGGUCACCAGAUGAACGUGCACUUAUUUCGGGGUCUGUUGAUCACUCAAUUAUUAUUUGGCAACUUGAUUUAAUUCCAUCUCCGUCAUCUGCACCACCAAUUGAAGAUAUGGGGAAUGUUGGUGAUGCGACUGUAGAGAAUGUGAAUUCUACUCGACCUGAAAACAUAUCUGCACCAAAUGCUAAUACCAGUCAGUCUGGGAUCAAAACCUUAAUUUUGCGUGAUCACAAACAUUAUGUUCAAGGUGUUGCAUGGGAUCCACUAGGUUUUUAUGUAGCCAGUUUAAGCAGCGACCGAGCUUGUCGAAUAUAUCGAGCAGGAACCAAAAAUUGUUUGGCUCAUGUUUCUAAAGCAGGAAAACAACGUCUGUUCCAGGAUGAUUCUUGGAAGUCAUUUUUCCGUCGCCUAACUUUUAGUCCAGAUGGUUUACUUCUUGUUUGCCCUUCGGGAAAUCUGGAAGAAGCCCAAUUUGCCGGGGUGCCAAAUUCUGUACCACCUACAACUAAUGGUGCUCAGCAACCAGAUAAUCUAGCAGAAACCAUCUCAAUAGUUGCUCCUCAACAUGCUGCACACAUUUUUGUACGCUCUAAUUUCACUCGCCCAGUAGUUAGUUUACCUACGGGUUCUAAACCAGUCGUUGCAGUUCGUUUUUGUCCUCAACCUUUUCAACUGAGACAAACUAAUUUUACAAAUCAGAAUACUGGAAACCAAUUUUUAGAGGAUAGUGUUCUAUUUUAUGAUACCCAACAGACUGUACCAUUCGCUCAGGUUUCUCAGUUACAUUACCAGGCUCUGAAUGAUGCAACAUGGUCGAAAGAUGGACAUCUAGUUGUAAUCUGUUCUACUGAUGGUUACUGUUCUCUUAUUCAUUUCGCUCAUGGUGAACUUGGUGCAUUUUAUCGAGGUACGCUUGGGGCACCUAAUCCACAGCCUAUUGUAAUGGAGACGGCUGUUAUUGAAACAAAUAAAUCCCACUGUAACAAUGCUAAAAUGAAAUUGAUUAAAUCAGAUUAUACAUUGGCUAGUGUUUCGAAAGAUAAAGAUGAUUCCCCUAAGGUUGAUCUCUCAGUGACACAAGUGUGUGACCUGAAUAAAUCUACAACAGAGACUAGGACGUCAGAAACAAACUCGGUCAAUAAUCCUGCAGUUGUUGAUAUCCUUGUUUGUGCACCUAAAGAAAAACGACGUGUUCAGUUCACCACUUUGAUAUCUUCCAAUGAGUUAAAUAAUACUGAUACUAGGAAAACAUAUCCCCCACAGACUUCAACACUUCUGCAAAGUGAUUCCAAUUUCCAUUCAGUAAAUUUUGUAUCUCAGGCUUGUCUAGAGGAAGAGAUUAUUGAAAUCACAGAUUCCUCAAAUUCUCAAGUAAUGGUUUGA